UUACCUUCCUACCUAUCUCGAAGUGGAGAAUUGUAAGGGGAGCAUUUUAUAUAUUUUUUUAAUAAAAUCCUAUUCAACGAAAGGCCAAUGGAGCUUGAAAUACAAGUCGCUGUUAAUUUUCUCAUUGGCUACCUCGUCAAUAAACUGCCACGUCGAAGAGUACAGCUUUUUAAGGAGGAGGUUGUGAAGAAGCUGACGAAGAAAUUCGAAGGCCAUUGGUACCCCGAAAAACCAUGUAAAGGAAGCGGAUACCGUUGCCUUCUUAUAACUGAUAGCCUAGAUCCUGUGUUGAGUUCUGCCGCAGAGGCAAGUGGACUUAGCGCAAAGGAUGUUAAAGCCAAUUUGCCGGAAAAGCUCUGUCUGUGGAUCGACCCACACGAAGUAUCGUUCAGAAUCGGCGAACAAGGGUCCGUGAAGACGAUCUAUAAAGCAGAAAAGAAACCUGAAGCAAUUUGUGACGAAACCACUCGCUGGGUGAACCUUUUAAAUGGUCACAACAGUGGUAAUUCAAACAGCCCAGUUCCAUUCCGUAGUCAAAGUCCUCCAAGAAUCAUGGCGGACCGUUCUUCCCCCGUGUUUUCAUCCGCCUCCAGUUCUUCACCAUCACCUCCCUUGUGCAACUCACAAUACAUGCCUUACAAUAGCUGGAGCGCAGCAGAAGAGUCUUCUUUUUUCAAAUUCCGGGCGAAAAGAGCUUCUCCGACAUCUUUGUCACCAAACGCAAAAGAGUUCAAUUAUCGGACCCCGUGGGACAACUUCAGCUAUGGAGUGCAGCAAAACAGUGGGCUGGAUACCACUCGUGGCGCCUUCAUUUCUUCUUCUUUUCUAGACUGGUUUAACCACCACGAGAUAGGAAAUUUCAACGCUGCUGCCCAGCUACCAAUAUUAGCCUGAGAAAGGCUAAGUGUUGGGUAUACGGAGUUGGACAUUUCAAUUUAAAGGUGUUUAAAUAAUAUUUGUAUAGAUAACUAUAGGAAAAAGAUGUUGUGAAAUUCAUCACAGAAGAAUUGUAAAUUUUUAUUAAAUAAGUUACAGUAUUUCUCCAACGCAUGUACAUUUGUACAAAAACGUUUUGUUUAUAAAUAUAAAAUGUAUAGUGUUUCUUAUAAGAGAUGUAUGAGGUAUUUUGUUCAUGUUUCAAAGAAACUAUGAAAGAAAAAAUAAAGCCACAAUGGUGUUGAAUUUAUUAUUGGAUUGUAUUUAAAAAUUUUGAAGAAAGAGGAAUAAAGUUUGCAUAUGAUUUAUCUAUC